AUGACUUUAAGUGUUGUAUACUGCCGUGUUUCUAAACAUAAGCUAACAGAGUGCAAGCGCUUUAAAAAAUCACUACGAAAAGAUCGGUGGCGUCACGUUAAACGACACGGCAUCUGUUAUAAGUGUUUACUAUCGCGUCACGAUCGAGAAACAUGUCCGGCCGCGCCGUGUGAUAUCGAGAACGGUGGACAGUCGCAUCAUCGGUUUAUUACAUUAUCCUAUAACAAAGAUAUUCGUUCCCCGGGUAAUAUAAACAUUACGGAAAUAACAGAAAGUGCAACAGUGACGAACAUUAAUUUAUCUAACUGUAAAGUGUUUUUGAAAACCGUGCCUAUCAAUAUUCAUGGGCCAAACGGUGUAAUUAGUGCUACUGCUUUGCUAGACGACGGGUCGACCGUAUCGUUAAUAGAUUAUGAACUUGAACUCGGACUAAAUGGACAUAAACAAAUUAUGCGUGUGAGUGGUGCAUGGAACAAUAACUCAUUAAAAUGUGUUUGUGAGAUAGUAGACUUAAGCGUGUCAAACAAAGACGGAACUAUGUUUCCUAUUCGCGUGAGAAGUGUAAAAGACUUAAACUUACCUGUACAUGAUUCAACGUCGAUUGAUCUUACUAACUAUGUACAUUCUAUACCUGACAUAAAAAAUUGUUUAAAUAAUGAACUCUGUAAACCUAAAAUAUUAAUUGGCCAAGAUAAUUAUGAUUUAUUGUUACCGCUUAAAAUAAUAAAAUUAAAAAAUAGUAAAUUAUAUGUUACACGUACUGAGCUAGGCUUAUGCAUUCAUGGAUGUUUACGCGAACCAUCCCCGCUCCACCAGACCCCGCCCAUUAAGCGAGUACAUCAUUCAGCGUUAUUCAUUACUAACGAUUCAGAUAAAGAAUAUGAAAAUAAGUUACGAAAUUUAGAAGAACAAAUACGAAUAUCAUUUACAAUCGAAUCAAUGGGCAUCAGCAUGAGACCCAGGAAAAAUCCGAAGAUCUUCAAGCUAUACAAUUUUAGAAAAACAUCUGUACUUAAAAAUGGAAGAUGGCAUGUCGGUUUACCCUGGAAAGAUAAUACUGUAAACUACAAACUCGUACCC